AUGUCCAGACCAGAGUGUGGAUUAUGUAGAAGUAACAAUAAGCAUGGCAAACUGUUGAAGUGUCUGCACUCAUUGUGUGUGGAGUGUUUGGAAAAACACAUCAGUGGCAAGGGCUCUGUGGGAUGUCCUGAAUGUGGAACAGUUACUCCAGCAUCAUCUGCUGGUGUUCCCUUGCUGCAGUACCUGCCAGACAGUGAUGUUUCCAGUGAUGGGAAUGAGGCUACUGCUACUACACCGUCCAGAAAAUUGUGUGAUGAAUGUGCUGAGGAUACUGGAGCAGUUGCUGUUUGUAUGGAUUGCAGUGACAGUCUCUGUGCCAUGCAUGCCGAAGCACAUCCUGCAUCUCGCCGGACUUACAAGCACAAGGUUGUGCCACUCAGUGAGGCUGCGGGACAUACACGUGAUAGAACAUCAGCCAGCCAGCACAAAUGCUCAUUCCACCCCUCGUUUGUACAGUGUUCGUAUUGCUUGAGUUGUGAGCAGCUAGUGUGUAAGCAAUGUGUAAGCAGUGGUGAUCAUGCUACUCACAAUGUGCAGACUAUCACUGAUGCAUCUUCCAGCAUUCGCCAGUCCUUGAAAUUCCAGCUGACUAGAACAUCACAUGGAAGUGGCAGUGUUUUUGACGAGUUAAUCAAGACGUCUGAAGCGGCACUGAGUGGACUCCGUGAUGAGACAGAAACUGUGUCCUCCCUGAUCAACCACGUUUUUGGUAUUCUGAAGAAAGCCAUUGAGAAACGUCAGCAGGAGCUUCUGGAAGAGAUUGAUCGAUUGCAGUUGUCACAUCUUCUCCCCCUCGAAGAGCAGAAGCGGCAGGUAAUUUCUGGUGCCUUGUAUAGCAAGAAAGUUCAACAUCUUGCAGAGAACUGCAAUGAGGAUGUGAAUUUCUUGAAGAUGAGUAGCUGGCUGGUGGAAGCAGCGAAGAAUGCUGUGAGUGCGGCCGAGAGAGAUGUGACUGUCUUUGCUCCAGGAACUCUAUCGUUUUCACCAUACCAUGUCAAGGAACUGACUGCAGCCAUUGCCAGAACUGGUGUGGUGAUUGACAUUGGUAUUCUGUCAUCGGAGAAGAGUAGCAUGACUACUGCAGCCAGUGUUGAGGAGGGAGACGACCUUACAGUGAUCAUUGAGCCAAGGAAUGGCCACGGUGAUAGUCUGGCUGUGACGGAGGCACAUUUGUCUGGUGUUCAUGUUGACGUAACAUCUGCGGACAACACCACCAGCACCAUUGAGUCUGUGCUGAUGCCCAAUCGUAGUCCUAAUGAAGGCACUAACAUGAUUGCAACGUACAAGACGACCGGAAAGAUUGGUUCAGUGCAGGUAUCAGCCAUGAUUGGAGAUCACCCUGUAGCUGGAAGUCCUGCAAUGGUUACCAUUGUGGACCCCCAACCACGGUUUGAUCCCAGUCAAUGUCAUGCUGAUCUUGUACUGUCUAACAACAACCGUACGGUUACCCGUGGAGCUGCUUGCAACAAGCAGCUUAGGUCAGUAUGUGGCAUCAGGAAAUGGAGUAGCGGCAAACACGAGAUAUGCCUUCGACUUGAUCGCAUCACUGCCGGUAAAGUUCACCACAUGUUCUUCUUGUGUAAUGCCCAGCAUCCACGACUAGACGACUGGCAAACGGGAAAGACCACAUCGUUUGGAUGGUACAGCAAUAGGACUAGUGGUGGUGACUGGACAGGCAGUGCACUGGGUCAGCCAUGGAGAGCCGGUGACGUCAUUCGCAUGUCAUUGGAUUGUGACAAUCACACGUUAGUCGGUCGUCAUGGGCGUACCAGAGCAACCGAGACACUGUACAAAGUGACAGGUGAACUCUACCUCUACAUCAGCCUGUACAGCAGUGGAGACCAAGUUACUAUUUUGUGA